GGCCCCGCCCGCCGGUGUCCUGCAGAAAGAGUUCCGGGUAGGGCACGCGGAGCGGAGGCGGUGUGGACCGCGAGUUCGCCGUGGAGCAGUGCACCUAUGAUACAUGUUUUAGAAACAGAACAUUUGGUUCAAAGAAAGAAUGGCUCUCAGGCCGUCUGUAUUUCCUCAAGAAAAUGAAAAAAAUAAUGCAAAUUGUGUGGAGACAAAACAGUCACAAACUGCUUCUGUAGCUUCCGAAGACCCUCUUCAGAACUUAUGCUUAGCGUCUCAAGAGGUGCUUCAUAAGGCUCAGCAGAGUGGGAGGUCACGGUGUCUCCAAUGCGGCAGCUCAAGGAUGUUCUACUGCUACACCUGCUGUGUCCCUGUGGAAAAUGUGCCCACUGAGCAGAUCCCACUUGUGCAACUCCCACUGAAGAUCGACAUCAUCAAGCAUCCAAAUGAAACGGACGGCAAGAGCACCGCUGUGCACGCAAAGCUUUUGGCGCCCGACUCUGUGAGCAUCUACACAUAUCCGUGCAUUCCAGAGUAUGAAGGGAAGGAUCACGAGGUUGUACUUGUUUUUCCUGGGCCUCAGUCCAUCUCAAUAAAAGAUGUCUCUUUUCAUCUGCAAAAGAGGAUUGAAAGUAAAGGUCGAAGCAAAACGGAUGACCUUGAUAGGCCGCCUUGUAAGCUCAAGAGAGCUAAGGUAGAGGAGGGCUGUGAUUUGAAUGAGAGCUUGUACAAAGGCCCAGCAUUGAAAAGAGUCGUCUUUAUUGACAGCACCUGGAGCCAGACAAACCAAAUAGCCUCUGAUGAGCGCCUUCGGGAGUUAUUACAAGUUGAACUGAAAACAAGAAAAACUUGCUUUUGGCGCCAUCAAAAAGGGAAGCCAGAUACUUUCCUUUCCACAAUUGAAGCCAUUUAUUACUUCCUGGUAGACUACCAUAGUGACAUGCUGAAAGAGAAGUACAAAGGACAAUAUGACAAUCUUUUAUUCUUCUACUCUUUUAUGUACCGCUUGAUAAAGAAUGCCAAAGGCUCUGGAGAGAAGACAAAACCCAAACUCAUCCAUUAGUUCUGCACACUCCGCUUGUCAUGUCGCUCUGCUGAUGUUCACAAGCUUGCGGUUAGCUGUUUACUCUGGGGAAGUCAUCGUGCUCAGUGCCUGGUAGAGGACUGGGGGGCGGGGGCGGGGGUUCCAGUUUUGUUCCUUUUACCAUAUUUUUUUAAAGGAAAAUUUGAAUUUUGGCAAUUUUGAAGAGAUGGUUCUGAUUGAAAGACAGCUCAGAAGCUGUUUGCUCAGUUUGGGCAUAUCUCAGUUGCACUACAUUUCAAUGUGUUACAUUUAUGUAACUGACAUUAUAUAUGGUUAGAGAUUGUCUCAUCUUUUCACUUAUACUUGCCCUCACCUUUGGAUUUUUAAACAAAGUCAGAAUCUUGGCAAAACAAAAAAA